AUGAAUCUCAAGGACAAAAAUUCUUCGAUUGUUUUAGCAAGCGUUAUUGGCAAAGUCCUCCAAAAUGGCCAUUCUAAUGCAGAACUUGCAUAUGUUCUUGCGAUCUGGUCAACAAUUUUGAACCCAAAUCAUGACGAAAUAAUGUUGAAAAAGAAUAUCAUGAAACAAAAAGUUAAAAAAUUUUUAAAAAAAAUCAACAGUCAAACGGGCAUAAAUUAUUCCGAUUUUGAAGAUAAUAGCUAUAAGGAAGAAGAAAGUGGAAAUGAAACUGAAGAUGAUGAAGAAGAUGAUGUAUAA